AUGAGUGCUAUUAACGAUCCUCCAUCUAUUGAUAUCGACUUCUAUGGCAUGAGUAACGACAAAUCCAAAGACAGAUUCGUGUGUGAGGUCUGGGGUUGUAAGAAAUCUUUCGCAAGAUUAGAUCAUUUAACCCGACAUCAAUUGAACCAUGAAUCCAUUCCUCAACAUAAAUGUACGUGGCCAGGAUGUAACAAAACAUUUGUAAGAAAAGAUGUGUAUCAGAAACAUUACAGAAAACAACAUGAGGGUAACCCUUCUCAAGACAAGAAUAAGAUGAUCAAGUUUGUCAUGAUGGAGGGUGAUAACUUUAAGGCUAUAGAUACUAAGAAAGGAUACACCGAAGAAGAGGAGGAGGUAUUGAGCCAUGAAAAGUCAAUGGCCAAAGAAAAUUCACAAGAUAAGUUCCAACUGCCUGGGAGGCAUGUUACUAUAGCAGACAGACCAGAACAUCAAACUUUCCUGACCGUACAAACUCCUAUAACUCCUGGAGCUGGAUUCUCCAUUGAUGAUUUAGUGUCCACCAACGAGAUGAUCAAAUGGCUUUUCGGUAAUGGUGAUACUUCUGAAGGAAACAGUCAGAACGGUAUAUCGCCCAAUUUGGAGGAAUUCGAACAUCCUUAUCCUGAUCGGAUAAAUAUUAAGAACCUUACUAAUGAUCUCGAUCAACCUACUGGGUUCCCCUUUAGUAGUGAACAAAUAGUCGUGGAUGAGAAGGUCAUGGAAGGCUUAUUACUGGUAGUACCAACGCUAAAAGGGUUCCCUGAGUUCCAACACCGAUUCCUAACAGAAUUUCUUCAAGAUUACUGGCAAUAUUUCCAUCCUCAAUUCCCUGUGUUGAACAUGCCUUCAUUUUCCACAAAGAACAGCCAUCCCAUACUUUUGCUUGCAAUGAUAUCAAUUGGAGUUUAUAUUUCCAACGCGUUAUCCAAAGACCAUAAUGGGAAGGUGAUGAAUUUUGCUCACCACAUCGCUGAACCUCUUCGUUUGGCAUUAUAUCAAGCAAAAGAAUUCAAACCUCCUCCAGCUCCUUGGGUAGUUCAAGCUCUUGUGAUAUUGGAAAGUUUCGAAACUUGUUGUUCUACCAGGGAUCUUCAUGAACGUGCAAAUCUUCAUAGAGGGAUAUCCAUUCAAAUGUUGAAGAGAAGUCCCUUACUUGGUGGUAAUCCUUGGAUCAAAUUUACAUAUUCCAAAGAAGAUUCUGAUGCUAACAUCUAUGCUAAUUCAACCAGGGAGGAAUGGGAGAAAUGGAUAGAAAGGGAAUCCUUGAAACGAUGCACUUUCGCUAUUUUCUACCUUCAAACGUUGAAUGCCGUGGUUUUUGGCCAUGAUACCAUUAUUGGUUUGCACGAGUUUAAACCAGGAUUACCAUGCGAUGAAGAAAUGUGGAACUCGGGUCGGUAUAAAGCAGGAGCUCAGAAUAAUAUGACGCUUUUAGCGGCCAUUAAGUAUAUUUUGAGAAAGAAACAACCCAAAAUAUCUGGUUUUGGACAGAAAAUCAUUCUUACAGGGUUGAUAUCAUUAGCUUAUGAGAUUAGAGAGAGGGAGUUUGAGUUCUCUAUCCCUGGGAUUGAGAACACUAAAAUGGUAUGGAAAACACAGAUCGAUGAAGCUUUCAAAUUCUGGGAUUCCAGUCAUACUAACAGGAUGGAUGAGUUCUCUAGAGUUUAUUAUCUCCCUUUCAGAGAGUUAUAUGAAAGUUAUACCCAAUUGAAGCAUUAUGAUUUCAUGGUUUUUGCCGGAGCUCUGAGUAGAAUGAGUGUUAAAAUUCACGAAAAGGAACUAGAUGUGGUCACAGCAAGGGUAGCUGACUGGGCUAACAGUUUCCAAGGUAAAAGAGGGAUCAUCUUGAUAUACUCGUACUUUGCUAACAUCCUAUUUGGUGGAGAGAACAGUAUCUCCUUCAUCUAUAACCCUAACGAUGACAUCUGUCUUUAUAGGAAACAAAUGAUUACUCACAUGUUAGUAAUACUUUGGUGCUGGUGUUAUUUCCAUUGUGGACCUGAAUCUCAUGCUUUGAAAUGGACUAGUGAGAGUGGAGAUCACAUUAACGGCAAAGAGGAUGGUCAUGCCUACUUGAAUAGAGUCAAAUAUGAACUUUGUAUGCUUACAGGUAAGGAGUUCACCAAAGAAAACGUAUACGAAGAUAUCGAUAUUUUCGCCAGGGCUAUAGAUAAAGUCCCAGGAAGAGAGAAUACUGUGGGAUUGUUAAGACUAUUCCAAUCCAAAUAUGCCAAAGACUCAUCAGAGAUAGCCAGGGAACACGCCAAGUUAUUGAAAAAUUGUAUUAAUAGGAGUCUUGGGUCGAGUACGGUGUUUUGUAAAGAUAUGUUUUCGUAG